CAUCCGGCAAGCAGCUCCGUGUCGGUGUGAUGUCGGCAAUACUACCUCUCCCUCUGUUGAAGCAGCGAGUUACACGUGGAUUAGUACAGCAACUCACCCAGGAAAAGUGAAGAAGCCGCUAUGCCACUAACCGAACCUGUGUUGUAGCCCGUGGCCCGACUCAUGUGUGUGCACUUACCUCGAACACUGAGCGAGACGUGAUGGCUCUGCGUAUGUUGACGCAAGAAUUUAUGCAAGUCCCUGUUGUCACUCGGACAUACACUGCAGCGUGCGUGCUUACGACCGCAGCAGUAGUAAGUAGUAGCAUAGAGCACCUAGAUAUUAUCUCGCCAUUCCAACUGUACUUCAACCCAACCCUGAUAAUAAAGCACUACCAAGUAUGGAGAUUGGUAACAACUUUCCUGUUUUUUGGAACUCUUGGCUUUGCCUUCUUCUUCAACAUGCUAUUCACUGUCAGAUACUGCCGAAUGCUCGAGGAAGGCUCGUUUCGAGGAAGGACAGCUGACUUUUUCUACAUGUUUCUGCUCGGUGGAUCGUUGAUAAUUGUGAUAGGGAUGUUUGUCAACCAGCUGUUCCUGGGGCACGCCUUCACCACAAUGCUAGUGUACAUUUGGAGCCGGCGGAAUCCGUACUUCCGGCUCAACUUCUUUGGGCUCAUAAACUUUCAGGCACCGUACCUGCCGUGGGUGCUGCUGGGCUUCUCACUCAUUCUGGGCAACUCGGUGAUCGUCGACAUCGUAGGUGUCAUUGUUGGCCAUAUUUAUUACUUCCUUGAGGAUGUCUUCCCAAACCAAAGAGGUGGAUUCCGCUUGCUGGCUACUCCCAGAUUUAUAAAGUACCUGUUUGAGUCGCCACCGGCUGACCCUAACUACAACCCACUGCCAGAAGACAGGCCAGGUGGAUUUGACUGGGGGAACAACUGAGUUGGCAAAAGUGUUUCCUUUCUCAAAUGUUGAUGCUGUUGUUGCUGCCCAAACCUGGAGAAUAAAAGAGGAUUCUGUUCUUUU